AUGGCAUCACGAGAAAGUGUGGGGGGAAUAAUCGAACGGAUUCCUCGUAAGAGAGUAAAGAGGCACUAUCAGUGUAACACUAGUGCCAAUGAAACUAAUCACAGUGUUAAUCUUCCUAAUGAUGCGCUUGAUAAGAUUCUCGCACUCUUGCCUAUCAAAAAGGCUAUGCAGAUUGGAAUUUUAUCAAGAAGAUUCAAUAAUUCUUGGAUCUUUAGUCGCAGAUUAGACUUUGAUGAUGAGUUUGCAAGAGGUCAUACCACAGAAGAUUUUAUAUCUUUUGUUAAUAAAGUUUUUGACCUGCAUUCAUCUCCAACUAUUUUAAGUUUUCGAUUAUUUUUUGAUGCAAAUGGUGAGCAAUCCUUAGUUGAAAAAUGGAUCAAAAAAUCUAUUGAAAAGGGUGUUGAAGAGAUUGAAUUGUGUUUUUAUGUGAUUGGAAAUUAUUUUGAUGGUGGGCCUAUUAGACUCAUUUCUGAUGUUUAUGACGUUGAGUCCAUAAAAAUUUUGAAGCUUAAUUUUUGUCAACUUGAUCUUCCACCAAAGCCAAAAGGUCUGCAAUUUUUGAAUACUCUUGUUCUUAAAAGGAUCUUUGUAACCCCAGCAUUGAUAGAUACUUUAUUUCAAAACUGCAUGUUCCUUGAGACUUUAGAUAUAUCACAGUGUUACAGAAUUUUUCAUUUCAAAAUCUGUACCGCAAACUUAAAGAAGUUUAAGGUGUUAAAGGUUGGAGAUUGCCCUGAGAUUCUGAGUAUUGAAAUUGAUGCACCAACUCUACAUUCAAUCCAUUAUCGUGGGCAUAUUUGUUUUAUCAAAUUCACCAAUAUCCCUAAAGCAAAAGAUGUGAUGCUCAAUUUCAUACCUCCAAAAGGCUUUACAGAGACUUUUCUAGCUAGAGAUAUUGUGUAUGAUAUCCAUCAUAUUCAUGUUCUCACCAUUACCAGUACAUUUCUUGAGGGUCUAACUCCAAAGUUUGUGAAUGGAAUAUUGAAAGAGAUGAAAUUCUCUUUUUGGAAUUUGAAAGAAUUUCAUUUGAUCAUGGAAGGUGCAUUGUACUGUAAUCCUUAUGAUAUUGUUUCUUUCAUCAAGAACUGCCAGCACCUAGAAAAAAUUUUCAUCGAUCUCAAUGAAUUUAACUUCUCAUCUGGAUCGUUCUGGGAAUUGCAUAAUCGAGAACCUUUCGAGCAAUGCUGUGUAACCCUUUAUAGCCUUAGGAUCAUUAAGCUGUCAGGAUUUAAGUUUCAGAAAGAUGAAAUACUGUUGGUGAAGUUUUUCCUGGAGAAGGCACCCUGCCUCCAGAAACUAGUGCUUAUCACUCCAAAAUCUAGACGUGUCAAAGUUAAUACCCAGAAUUUAGAAGCCUGUCAUGAGUAUCUCAAAUCUUGGAAAUCAACUCGGGGAGCCGAAAUAGCUGUGUUUGAGCAUUCGAAUGACAGGAGUUCUGUUUUUCCAACGCAUUCAAAGCCCAGCAGGGAAAAUUUGAAACCCUUGAAUAAUAUAUACCGUAAAAUUGAUCCAAUCAAUUUGCGAUCGUUAACAAUUAAAGCUCAUGUAGAGAUGAAAGAUAAAUUUGUAGUUGACCCUGUUGCCUUUCUAGAAAGCAGAAUUUCCAUGAAAUUCCCAUGGCCACAACCUCGUAAGGUUCCUAACCUGCUGUCUCAACUAUUUGUAAGAACAUAUGCAAUUUGGAGAGGACAUGAUGAUGAUUUUGUGGAUUCAGCUUGA